AUGGGUCACACACGGCUUCUUCUAACUUCAGUGGGGCAGCUCAACUCUUUUGAAAUGCCGUUUUGGAAUCGAAAUGGUGGGUCCAAUCAUGUCUUCGUCACUUUACACGAUUACGGAGUUUGUUUUCAUGCCAUGGAGGACGUAGCAAUCGCAAACAGGAUUCCUGCAUUCUUGAGGCAAUCAAUUAUAUUGCAUACUUCUGGUGUUAGUUCCCACCAUCCGUGUCAAGACGUUGAAAAUGUGUUGAUGCCACCUUAUAUCUUGUCGGAAAUCGAGUCAACACGAAACACGGUGCCGGUUAAUGGCGAGGGGACAUAUGGGAAUUUUUCAGAGGCAUGA